AUGAAUAUCAGCGCUGGUGAUUUUGCUUGUGUAGCUGAUACACUUUUACUUACUAUACGAAAAUUUACUGUCGAAAAUAAUCGAACUCGUGAUGUUUCAUUAGAAACAAGAAAUACUGAUAUAAGACAAUCAAUAUUUAAUCGAACAAGUGGAUCUGUUAUUCGAAAUGUAACACUUCCUGAAAAUAUUUUUAUUAAUUGUAAUGAAGGCAUUGGACAAGAACAAGGCUUUAUUAUUAUUCAACCAGAUCUAGUUCAAUUAGUACCAGUUAUUAAUGAUAUUCGAAUUAAAUCUUCAACAUUUUAUUUUGGAAAUUAUGUUCAAGGUCUUAUUCAAGCUAAUAAUAUUAAUAAUCUAUUUCUCAGUGGUAAUUAUCUAGCAACAAACAGUUCUAGAUCAUUAAUAUCCAUAUGUAAUAGUCGAAAUCUUAUUGCAUAUAAUAAUACAAUCGUUAAUAUUCAAUCAAAAAUAGAUGAAUAUAAUACAUUUGAUAAAACAAAUUCACGUCAAAUGAAUUUGAGUAGUCUGAUUGAUUUACCUUCAUUAGCAUUUAACUAUUCGUUUCCUCACUCUGUUAUCAUUACAGAUUUAUCCCAUCCAAAUCAGAAACAUGUGUUCAUUUCUGAUAACCAUAAAACUAAUAAAAUUUUGACCAAUGUAUCACGCAAUUCAUAG